AUGAUGGAAAAAAAUAACUCAAAAGAAGACUCGAAGUCGAUGUGUCUUAUAAGUUCUCAACCGGUACAUUUGGAUAACGAUAUCAAAAGUUUCGAAACAGUAAGUUCUAAAUAUUUGAUAACCAAAUCAGUAAAUUUGGACGAAGCUAUCGAAAUUGUCGGAUUUGGGAGUUUUCAUUACUACAUAUUAUUCAUUUGUGGAUCGCUUAUCGCAGCAAUCUCCAUUAGCGUGACAUCAGUGUCUUUCAUUAUACCGGCAGCACAAUGUGAUUUUCAAAUGACAUCUGUCCACAAAGGAAUCCUAAAUGGAUCUUCGAUGAUAGGAAUGUUCUUUGGAUGUUUUAUUUCGGGUUACAUGGCGGAUUCCAAAGGUAGAAAGUAUACAUUGGUCGUCUGCAUGAUGAUUGAUGGUAUUUUCAACCUCAUAUCUAGUGUGUCUCAGAUUUACCUAGUAUUGAUAUUUUGCAAGUUAAUGAGUGGAUUUGGGGUGUCUGGGAUAACUGUGUUCUAUUCAUACCUUGGAGAGUUCGUGAACAGCAAAAAUCGUAAAAAAUUUAUAUGUUGGAUGGAAUUGUUCUGGACAUUUGGUGUAAUAUUACUUCCAUGUGAGCAUUAUAAUAUUUGA